GACGACUGUACCUUUCUCAGGAUGCAGGGGCCCGUCUAGGGCAUGCUCAAGGGAGCUGUGGGUUUAUGUUCUUUGCGAGUUUGAGCUGGAGCUUUUGUGGACUGUGGGUUAGGGAACGCUUCAGAAGUUUGCCUGGUGGAGCUGAAAUGUUCACUGGGGGUUGCUGGGUUUUUUUGUUUUGUUUUGUUGUUCCGGUACCAGGAAUCGAACUCACGACCUUGCGCUUUCCAGGCAGGCGGUGUGUGGCCGAGCUAAAUCCCCAGCCCCGUUCACUGGGGUGUGAAUGGCAGCAGAAUGGGCACAGGGGAGGUGCAGGUUGAGAGGAGGAGAUACAGGUGCAGCUCUGGAGAUGCGGGUCUGGGCUCGAAUUCCCAUCACAGGCUGUGGAGGCUAGGCUAGAAUCUUGGUUUGGUAGGAGAUCGUUGGUUAUUUCCUUAAGAGUGGCCAGUGGUGUGGGCUGGAACAUGCCCUAGGUGUGUCUCACUAAAAGGCUGGAGUCCAGAAACCAAGGGGGCAGAGUCUGUAUUUUUACAGGAAAGAGGAGCCCCCAGUCCUGCAUCCAGAUUGUGUCAGGGAGGUUGCUGAGACCCUGGCCACAGCCAGAGAAAUGGCAGCCACACUGGAUUUGAAAUCAAAGGAGGAGAAAGAUGCUGAGCUGGACAAGAGGAUCGAGGCUCUCCGGAGGAAGAACGAGGCCCUCAUCCGGCGCUACCAGGAGAUCGAGGAGGACCGUAAAAAAGCCGAACUGGAAGGGGUAGCGGUGACAGCACCCCGGAAGGGCCGCAUGGUGGAGAAGGAGAACAUGGUGGUUGAGGAGAAGAACGUGGGACCUUCCCGGAGGUCUCCUGGGACCCCUCGGCCCCCAGGGGCUAGCAGAGGGGGUCGGACUGUCCCGCAGCAGGGAGGCCGGGCAGGUGUGGGCCGGGUACCUCGAAGUUGGGAGGACAGUCCUGGGGAGCAGCCUCGAGCAGGAGCUGGGGGCCGGGGCCGGAGGGGCCGGGGCCGAGGGUCCCCUCAUCUCUCAGGAGCCGGUGACAGCUCAGCCUCCGACAGAAAAUCCAAGGAGUGGGAGGAACGGCGUAGACAGAACAUUGAGAAGAUGAACGAAGAGAUGGAGAAGAUUGCGGAGUAUGAGCGCAACCAGCGGGAAGGGGUGUUAGAGCCUAAUCCCGUGCGAAACUUCCUGGAUGACCCCCGGCGACGCAGUGGGCCCUUGGAGGAGCCUGAGCGGGACCGCCGGGAGGGCAGCCGCCGGCACGGGCGCAACUGGGGGGGCACCGACUUCGAGCGGGUGCGCUGUGGCCUCGAGCACGAGCGGCAGGGUCGCCGUGCCAGCCCGGGCGGUGCUGGUGACAUGACGAUAUCCAUGACGGGCCGGGAGCGGUCGGAGUACCUGCGCUGGAAGCAGGAGAGGGAGAAGAUCGACCAGGAGCGGCUGCAGCGACACCGCAAGCCCACUGGCCAGUGGCGACGGGAGUGGGAUGCGGAGAAGACCGAGGGCAUGUUCAAGGAUGGCCCAGCCCCUGUCCAGGAACCAUCCCAUCACUAUGGAGAUGACAGGGCCUGGGCGCGGCCCCCCAAACCUCCCACUUUUGGGGAAUUCCUGUCAAAGCACAAAGCUGAGGUCAGCAGCCGUCGGCGAAGAAAGAGCAGCCGACCCCAGCCCAAGGCAGCCCCCCGGGCCUACAGUGACCAUGAUGACCGCUGGGAGACGGAAGAGGAGGCAGUGUCCCCAGCCCCUGAGGCCUCACAGCUGGAGGAGACCCCAGUGCAGCCUCCAGAGACCCCGGCCCCUGCCCACCGGCCUCCUGAGGACGAGGGGGAGGAGGACGAGGAAUGGGAGGAUGUGAGUGAGGAGGUGACCGAGGACGAGGAGCAGGAGGAGGAGGAAGAGG